CAAUACCCAAUGCAUUUAUAUUACGUUAAUUGAUCAAUUAAUUAACAGGGACCGGAGAGUACAUAUGGUAGCGGACGAUAACAUGAUGCGGACUACCCCUAUAGUGGUAGUAGACAACAGCUUGAGAGUGGAUUUCAUCGCAAAAUCUGUAGUUAAGGUUGCCGCCGCCGCAUCCCAAAAUAAACCGCACAUCCUCCGCCUCUCAAAUCUCGACCUCCUCGCCGGCCGCUUCCCCGUCACCUACUUUUACUUCUUCCGAAACCCCAACCACCACCCGCACCAAGAGGCCGCGUCAACGGGUCUUUCGUCUUCAGUUAUUGAUCACUUCAAAUUUUCCCUGUCCCCAUGCCUCUCUCUUUUCUACCCCUUCGCCGGCCGCAUAGUGGCCAACCCCGCCACUGCCGAGCCCGAGAUCUCCUGUGACAAUCACGGCGUUCUUGUCGUGGAAGCACGGGCGAAUAUCCCCCUCAAAGAACUGCAAUUCUACGACCUCAACCAGUGUCUCGAAGGCGGGCUGAUGCUCGUCCCCGCCCACCAAUCGGCCACCGACGACGAUUUCGCCGUCCAAGUUCAAAUCACGGGUUACGCCCGUGGGGGUCUAUCGCUCACGGUCUCGUUUGACCACGCCUUGGGAGACGCCUCCUCCUUCGGCAAGUUCCUCCUCACUUGCCCUAAAAGACUACACAUCCCACCCAUACCCAGCCCUUCACUGACACACGUCGUCUCUCUCUAUUCCCUAAACCCUAUCCUCACCUACGCCAUCUCUGCCGAUCAAAUUUUCCAUGGCCUCUCCCCUCCUUCUCCAGAUCUCUCAGAUCUGGACUGGGAUAUGCCUUCCUUUCGCCUUCUAAGUGAAAGCGAUGAAGAGGUGCGACCUCCUAAGCGCAAGAGGAAGGUAUGUUUUCCAAGCUACAACCCUGAUGCAUCUGAUUCUUCUGACACCGAUCCGUCCUGGAACUACCGGAAGAAAUACCUUGGGGGUGACCAUCUUCCGGACGGAGUUGAGUGGAAUUCAGAUCUGGAAGAAGGGGAAUCAGGGGAUUCAGAGGUUGAUUCAUUCACCACAGAAGAGAUUGGAGGAAUGACCUCCGAUACGGAGAUUUUCUUUGCCAAACCCGUUGGAAGUCCAAUGAAGCUCAUGCGAUUUGAACAGAGUAAAGUGCUUCAAUCCGCUGUUGUUUAUGAAUUUUGUAUUGCCUCCAUUUCUGUAAACCCUUCAUGUUUUGAUUUUGGGGAAAAAUUACGAAGGGUUUAAGCCUCUGUUGUUUAUGCAGUGAUGCCUUCUUAAACUAAAAUUCCUUGCUUCUUUACUUCAUUGCAUAUUUUUUGGGCAAACUAAUGAUGCAAACCUUAGUCUUUCUGAAUUAUGGGAGAAUUGCUUCACUAUAAUGCCACCCCUAUAGGUUUGGAGGCUUACUAUGCUCAAUUAGGAAUAUGUCUUUGUCUCUAAAUCAGAUUGUUGAGUGCCUAAGUGGGAUAGAAAUUUUUUCUACCUAUUCUGUGUUUCUGUUGCACAUUGAAAGCACACUUCUCUUACUUGAAUGUGAAUCUGUGAGAAGUCCAUAUGUAUGAUUUCCCUCUUACAAGUCCCUAU